AUGUGCCUUCGUUCUGGGCAGUUUGAGCAGAGGGGCAGAAGCACGGCAGAGACAAAGACUAGGCGCAAUCAGGACGAUGGACGGCGGCAGAAACACGGUUGGAAAAACGAAGAGCAGACGGCGAACGAUGUGCUUGAGUAUCAGCUAGGAAGUUACAGUGAAGCGUUUAAAAAAUACUUGCAGAAUAACAAGAAGGCGGAGGUUCAGAAGUGGAGGGAAGCUCUCACUGUAGCAGCAAAUUUAGAAGGCUUGAACUCCCGUUCUUAUAGGGACGAAAUUGAAUUCAUUCAGAAUAUUGUAAAAGAUGUUUUUCAAAAGCUGAUUGACCAUUACCCACCCAAUGAUAGUAAAAGUCUCGUUGGCAUUAGUGAAAAUCUUGAAAAGGUAGAAUCACUAUUAAGUGAAUCUGUUGAAGUCAAAAUGAUUGGAAUUUGUGGCAUAGGGGGUAUAGGAAAAACAACUCUAGCAAGACUUAUAUUUGAGAAAUAUUCUUAUACGUUUGAAGGCUCCUGCUUCUUAGAAAAUGUACGGGAAAGAUCAAGAAACUAUGGACUAACUGAGUUACGUCGUCGACUUUAUUUGGAGCUCUUACAGGGAAAAUUUUGGCAAAAUAACACAGGAAAAUCCACUUUUGUUGAGGACAGGGUAAGCAAACAAAGAAAUUUCAUAGUUCUUGAUGACGUGAGUAGUUUAGAGCAAUUAGAUUACCUGGUUCAGAAGCUUCAAUGGUGUGGUGCAGGAAGUAAGAUCAUUAUCACAGCUAGAGACAAAAAUGUGCUGGUUUCAACAGUUGAAACAAUAUAUGAGAUGAAGAUAUUAGAUUCUCAUGAAUCAUUUAAACUGUUUAGUUUGAAUGCAUUCAAUGAAGACUAUCCACAAAUUGGAUACGAGGAGCUAUCAUGGAAAGCGGUUGGCUGUUGCAAAGGCAUCCCACUAGCCUUAAUAGCAUUGGGUUCUUUUCUUCAUUCAAAGAGUAAAGCUGAAUGGCAUAGUGCAUUGCAAAAGCUUGAGAAGACACCAGAUCCAGAAAUUCAGAAUAUUUUAAGAUUGAGUUAUGAUGGAAUAGAUGAAGAGGCAAAACAAAUUUUUCUAGACAUCGCAUGUUUUUUUAAGAGAGAGCUUGUAGAAUACGUAGUUAAUCUGUUAGACAGUUAUGGCUUGUAUGCAGCUAUUGGCAUGAGAUCCCUUCUUGAUAGAGCUUUAAUAGCUAUAUCUCAUAAUUGUGUGCGGAUGCAUGACUUGAUCCAAGAAUUAGGUUGGGAUAUCGUUUGUCAACAAUCUAGUGAAAAUCCUGAAAAUCGUAGCCACUUGUGGGAUUCUAAUGAUAUUCAGGAUGUUUUGGGAAACAACAAAGGAACUGAUUCUAUUGAAAGCAUAGUGUUUGAUAUGUCUCAAAUAGCAGAUCUAUAG